AUUAAUUCAUGUUUCAUGUCCAAUUCCACUUGCACGCGAACCAGUAGUUGUCCCCACGGGACUCAAGGUCGGUGCAGCAAUCGAUAAUCUGUUGGGUCUGCCUGCGCUUUUUGCAGCAGUAUCAUCAGUAUCAUGUCCUCACCCGUCGGUCCAGAGCCCAGCAACCUGAUCUGCCCCAGCUGCCACCAGAACGUGACCACGCGCACCGAGCCAAAGGCCUCGACCAAGACGCACUUGAUAGCGCUGAUCAUGUGCCUGACCUGCCUCUUUCCCUGCGCGUGCUGCCUCUACUGCACGGAAUGUGCUCGCAACACGGCACACUUCUGCCCCUCCUGCAACGCCUACAUUGGAUCCUACGAGCGUUGACUGGAAGCCAGGCUUUCUCUGGUCUGCUCCCCAGCAGCCAUGCCGGAAUGCUACGCUACUUUUUCUAAAUCUACAUUGUAUAUCAUUGCCUCGCACAAGCAUUUAUUCUUACGCAGCAUUUUGAUGUCA